GUUGACCCAUCCAUCACAUUGAUGAUCCAAACUCACUCCCCUUAAACACUGCGACAGUGAAACACCAUUUCACCUUCUUCAAUUCAAUUCAAAGUUCAAACCAUGCUGUGUGUCAACCCUUCCUUCACCUCUCUCUUACCUUCUCCACUGGGAAAACCGCGUCUCAUCUUUCCCUCCAAUUCAAGGAACCCAAUUUCCUGCACACUCCCAGGAACAGUUGCUGAACCAAAAUUAACAGCUGCUGCUGAACCACUAUUGCUUAAUGCAGUUCGUGGGCUAGAUGUUGAAAGGCCCCCAGUUUGGCUCAUGAGGCAAGCAGGGAGGUACAUGAAGAGUUACCAAACCAUCUGUGAGAAACAUCCUUCAUUCCGUGAAAGGUCUGAAAAUGUCGAUCUUGUGGUGGAAAUUUCAUUGCAACCAUGGAAGGUUUUCAAGCCUGAUGGGGUGAUUUUAUUCUCCGAUAUUCUUACCCCACUUUCUGGGAUGAAUAUACCCUUUGAUAUUGUCAAGGGUAAGGGUCCGGUCAUAUUUGAUCCCAUUCACUCAGCUGCCCAGGUUGAUCAAGUGACGGAGUUUAUUCCUCAAGGUUCAGUUCCAUACGUUGGUGAAGCACUUACUAUCUUGAGGAAAGAGGUGGAUAAUAAAGCUGCAGUCCUUGGUUUUGUUGGUGCUCCGUUCACCCUGGCAUCAUAUGUGGUUGAAGGUGGUUCAUCAAAACACUUCUCAAAAAUAAAGAGAUUGGCUUUCUCUCAACCCAAGGUUCUGCAUUCAUUACUGCAGAAGUUUACAACGUCAAUGGCGAGAUACAUUCAAUACCAAGCUGAUAAUGGAGCUCAAGCUGUUCAGAUCUUUGACUCAUGGGCGACAGAGCUAAGUCCAGUGGAUUUCGAAGAGUUCAGUUUGCCUUACUUGAAGCAGAUCGUUGAUACCGUGAAAAAAACCCACCCAGAACUCCCUCUGAUCCUCUAUGCAAGUGGCUCUGGAGGCUUGCUCGAGAGACUAGCUUUGACAGGUGUGGAUGUUGUUAGCUUGGAUUGGACGGUUGAUAUGGCUGAUGGUAGGAGAAGACUAGGACCGAAUAUAACUGUCCAAGGUAACGUGGAUCCUGGUGUUCUUUUCGGUUCAAAAGAGAUCAUCACUGAUAGAAUACAUGAUACUGUGAGAAAAGCAGGCAGAGGGAAACAUAUCUUGAAUCUUGGUCAUGGCAUUGUAGUAGGUACACCUGAGGAGAAUGUUGCACAUUUUUUUGAGGUUGCUAAAGGAAUCAGAUACUAAGAGGCUAAUUGUGAUUAACCAUUUUUUUGUUUAAUUGUAUUUUUUUGUCCCUUUAUUACGGGUAAAUUUAUAAAUUUGGUUCUCAAUUAAUUUGUUGCUGUGAUUGUCUCCUAACUUCUCUGAGUGAAAAAUUUGGUCCCUCUGUCAGUGUAUCAUCCUAUUACUAAUAGAUGCUAGUUACAUGA